GCUUUAACGGGAAAAACUUUUGUUGUAUUACAUCAGGAAAUUCACACGCACCUGCCGUCACGCAGACCGGACCGGUUAUAUCUGUACCCGAAUCAGAAAAGAUCAUCAAUGCGUACAGAUUUCAGAGCAACAAGAACGAGAUGAUAAAGAAAAAGAGACUAACGAGUGGACAAUUAGGUUCACUAAAACGAAGUUUUCAAGAAGAGAUCAAACUAGAUUCAGGGAGGACGCUGAAGCUCUCUAGGGAGCUCGGUUUGCAGCAACGUCAGAUAGCGGUUUGGUUCCAAACCGCCGUGCAAGGUGGAAGGCGAAGCAGCUCGAGCAGCUGUACGAUUCGCUUAGGCAAUAGUACGAUGCUGUUACUAGAGAGAAGCAGAUGCUACAUGAGGAGGUCUGUGUACCACGUCAAGAAGCUGAGAGCUGUACUAAGUGACCAAGGACGACUGAUCAAGAAGCAGAUAUCCGGUGGGGAAGACACGACGGAGCUACCCUCAGUGGUGAUAGUUCCUCCAAGAAUGGAAAAUUUAAACACUGAUCAAAUAACUGGAGCCUGGAGGAUCAAAUUUACGGUAUUGAUCAAUACAACAAUCCUAUGGUCGUUGCUUCCUCUUGCUGGCCACCUUACCCGUGAUAGUUGUUGCUGA